GUAAUGUUGUUGACAAAAUAAGCUUCUAAAAAAAUCCGAUAAACAUCAACAAAAACACCAUCAGAUCAUCUGGCCAAUGUCAUGAAUUCGCUUUACUUGAAACAUCAUGAUGUGAACAUCUUAUUUUCAGUUAAUGCUUAAACCAAAGAUAAUGCUUCAUCAGGGCAUUUUUCUUCUAAAAUAACAAUAGUUUAAGCAUGUCUGACGUCGGUCGCCAGUAGAUACAUCACCAAAUAAAUUUACAAAAAAAAAUGCAAAGAAAUAUCAACAACUGUUGGAACCAAUCAGCGAGUCAUUGGUGUUCACACAACAAGAUGAAACAGAAGUACACCAGGGUUGGCUAAGGACGCUUGACCUAAAGGGCCAGGAGGCUUGACCUAGCGGGCCAGGGGUGAACAUCAAACAACACAACACCACCACAUCUCGUCGGGUUUUGCCCCCCUCAGAUCAAUGAGGGAAGGUGUCAGGCUAAAGAAGGAUCUGGAUGACAAGUCUAACCAGGGGCCGGUGAAGAGCUCGGUGUUUCAGAUCAAAGGCAGCUUCAGCUCGCCUGCAGGCCACACCUCAGAUCACUGCGUGAGUUGUUUUUUUUUUUCAUGUAACGUGUUGAAUUGUGGAAGGGACAGUGGGGGUAGGGGAGGGUGGGGGUUGGGGGAAUGGAGAAAUGGAAAUAAAUGAUGGGUUGCUGGAUGGAUAGGUUGGUGGAUCAAUGAAAGUAUGGAUUGAUGGAAGGGAGUUGGGUGGAUAGACAUAGGGGGGGGGUGGAGUUAGUAAAUUCUUCGGGUAAGCUUGAGCCUUGUCUACGCUAUAUCUCAUCUCGUCGCUAUAUCUUUCUAUCACAGGACACCAUCGACACGACUCCGAGCAUUGUAUGGGUUUCUCGUGACAAGGUAACCUCACCGUCCACCCAGCAGUGCCCAUUGGCCGAUAGGAAAUGUGCCCGCACGUACGAAUCAAACAAUUCCAAAGGAGACUACUGCCCAAGCUUGAACUCUGUGGACGGGGCGUCAAGCACCCAGUGGAGUCACAGGUACUCUUGUAAACCGCUGGAAGACAACCUCGGAGCGUCCGGGUCAAAGGACUACAACUUCUCCCACGCCCGCUACCAGCCUAGCCAUAAAGCCUUAGACAAUUACAUGCGCUUGAGGACGGGAACCAAGUGCGAAGAAGGUGCUAGAACUCAGCACAGGGAUCAACAGCAUUGCGAGAAAGGAGACUUCAGCGGACGAGAGGUCAGCAUCUCCGCAAUCGACGCGUUGGACAGGAAUCGGUACUCCAGCGACGCGUUAGACAGGAAUCGGUACCCCAGGGGGCGUUCCUCAGAUGAGAGGGACGGCAAGUACAGCACGACCUACAAACCAGGUGACACCAAACCCACGAGCUCAAAAGUUAUGCCGCAAUCGGAUGACUCGAACCUUGACGAGGGCUACAACGACUCCCUGACUUCGUCGUUGCAGAAGGAGAAAACAUCGCGGCGGGCCAACAAGAACAGGAUCACGAGGAGGGUCCCGAGGUCUUCCAUCAACACGCUCUCUUCACAAACGACGUCCUCGGAGAGUCACGAGUACCACACCGCCGUGACGCCCAGCGCGUCAAACCCUCCAGCGGCGGCGGUGGCGGCGGCCGAGGCGAAUGCAAGCAAGAACUGCACCUGCUCCAGAACCGAUCAGCGCCAAAAGAACUGCCCUGGCUGCCUCAUGGAGAGGGCCGCGCUGGCGAAGGCCUCCAACCACUCGGACAACUCGCUGCCGUCCCGCAACUUCCAGUCGUCUCACAAGUGCUACACGUCACCCUCGACGUCGCAGCCCGCCAGGGAAUCGGUGGACCGGGGGGCCACGACCUGGAAUGUCCGAUCUUCUUGUGACGCCAACAGAUGGACCAGCCCGGAGCGCAGCGACGCGGCAAACCGAUGCCCGUGCUCGGAAAUGACUCAAGUCGUGCACAGGAAGCCGUCGACCGCGCUGACUGAGAUCUCGCUGCCCUGCGGCAACAAGCUGGUGCGCUGCAAGAGCAUGUGUCCGAGGGCGAGCCUCUGCGCCUACAUUGCGCGGUACAUCUGGCCCAAGGUGACCAAGGCGUUUGUGACGAGCGUGCGCUACGGGUUCAUCAUCUGCGUUUACCUGGUGCUAAUGUUCUUCGUAAGGAGAUACAUCACUCUCAACGUUUUUGCCCACCUGACGGUUCUCUUCCUAAACAUUCUGCUGAUGUUUAUUCUCGCGUUCACCCCGGAAAACAUGUACAUCUACCUCUUUGGACAGAGCGAGUGAAACUCCGGGAAGGUGUACAUCAUCUAUGGACAGACCGAGAGAAACUGACACCGGCAACAUCAUCUACUCAAACUUGGGAAAGUAUUUCAAUUAUCAAACAAAUAAUGAGGUGAAACGGUCAAUUAGAUCACAUAUUUUUAACUUUCCCCCUUCUUUUGUAUCUAGUUGCCCGGAGAGUUCGUUAUGAACUAAGGAUACCUUGCUAAACAUUUCCGCUUGGUACCGCGAGGAAUUAUGGUAAGCCAUUAUUUGCUGAUUUCCGCGGGAUAGUGAAUGAGACGAGAGCGAGGGG